AUGCCAACCGACACACACUCGCCCUCUCCCUCUCCCUCUAAUCCUUCUCCUUCUUCUUGCCCUUCCUCUUCUUCUUCCUCGUCGCCUCCUCCGGUGUUUUAUCCGCCGCCUCCGUCUGCGUUUUCGGCUCCGCAAGCGCGGCCUGCGUCGAUCCCCGGCGGCGUCUGCUGCGUGGCUCCAUGGGCGACUUCUUCUCUCUUUCGCCCGCCCGCGCCUUCGCUGCACGCUGGCGCUUCGAGAGGGCUUGCGGCCUUCUCGCCGACGCCCACUCGGGAGGACGAGAAGCCGGUUGCGGCGAAGGAGACGUUCCGGGCUUGCGCGAAGGAAGUGCAUUCGCUGCAGGAGUUGAGCGCCUGGAUCGCGAGCCCGAGCUACCGGAACUACGUCGCCUUCCUCAAGCGCCUCUCCGCCGCCGUCAGUGACAAACAGGCGGUCGCGGGCGCAAGCCCCGAUUCCGCGCCCAGCGACGAUGCCGCGGCGCAGGGCGAGGAGACGAGCCGCAGAGACAGAGAGACAGAGGACGAGGAGGAGACGCGCAGGCGCAUCGCAGCAGAGGCACUCAGAAUCGUCGAGCUGGGCGUCCAGGAGAACGAAAGAGUCGGGAAGGGCCUCGACGUCAGCGAGAAUGUCCUUCUCCUUCUGAAGAUCCUGUUGACACUGAAGGCCUGGAUUCAAGACAUCCCUCCAGUCGAGCAGCCGAUGCGGUUCGGCAACCGGGCCUUCCGAACGUGGCUCCAGCGCCUGAACGAGCGGUGCAGAAAUCUCCUGGAGCCCCUCGUGCCGGCGAGGCCGCGCCCGCCGCCCUCCGGCCCCGCGCCCGUCGAGCCGAUCCCGGAGGAAGAAGAAAACGCAAGUUCCGAGUCUUCGCCUCCAGCGGCUUCUUAUCCCUCUCAGCCUUCCUCUCCCUCUCAGGGUUCCUCUCUUUCUGAAGCUUCUUCUCCCGGGCAGUCCACAGCGUCGCUUUCCUCCGCAUCGCCGGCGGACGCGAAGAAGAGCGAUGCCGCGGCGUCGUGGAGAGAGACGCUGAUUAACGAGCUGACAGACUGUCUCUGCCGCGCAUUCGGCGACGGCCGCCGUCUGGACUACGGGACGGGUCACGAAGUCUCAUUCGCCGUGUUCCUCUUCAUUCUCUUCGAGGCCGGCGUCCUCACAGGACUCACCGACGACGCGGCUGUCGUCCUCCUCGUCUUUUCGCAAUACAUCGAGGUCUGCCACGCGCUGCAGAAGACGUAUUCGCUGGAGCCCGCAGGCAGUCGAGGCGCGUGGGGUUUGGAUGAUUUCCACUUUCUUCCCUUUCUCUUCGGCUCUGCGCAACUCGUUCACAACCACUUCAUUCUGCCUGCUCAGGUCACAGAUGCAGGAAUCGUCAAAGAGUUUGCUCCGACAAAUCUCUAUUUCUCCUCGAUUCUUUAUAUCACCGAGACGAAGCGUGGCGUGCCCUUCUCCGAGUGUGCGCCGAUGCUCUACGAUAUCUCCGGCGUGAGCACCUGGCGGAAAAUCCACAGCGGCCUGCUGAAGAUGUACGAGGGCGAAGUUUUGAACAAGUUCCCGACUGCGCAGCAUUUCCUGUUUGGGUCCUACUUCCCUUUUCCGACGCGGACGCCUUGA